AUGCAAGUUUUCUUCCCUCACGAAGAGGCCCCAGCGCCUUGGCCACGGGCUCUGAAUCAGGAUUCAGGAGAGGCCGUGUGGCUGCGUGUGAGGAAGCAGGUGUGGCAAAAGGAGUUCGAAGAGCGGGUGAGUUGUUGCAUUGAAAUGAUUGAGAAGACAACGUCAAGCUUGCAGUCUCUCAUUCUGAUGCCGGAGAUUCGGAUUCGGGUUCACGUUGACCACAAGCCGGCAUGCUGCCAAGCCUUGAAGCCCCUGUUGCUUCUUUCUGCAUCGCUGGCUCUUCCACCCCGUCCAGUGUUCAGGGCCUCGUCCGUCAUACGUUCACAGUUGGAGGUGACAGGAAGGUACGAGCAAGCGGUGAAGCCCCUGAGGCCAGCACCAGCUUCGUGCAGCCUUUGCAGAGUGAUGCAGAAGCCAGCACGUUGCAUCUCGCGACGGCGUGCCAUGCGCAUCCGAUUCCUCCUGAGCAGCUCUGGAAAGUGA